AUGGGUAGCCGCAGAUCUCGCUCCGGUUCGCCUCCUCCAGCUAAACGUUUUCGAUUGGAACAAGAGGUUUCUGAGGCUUCUGAUACUCCUUCAAAGAGAGUUAGCUAUCGUAAUGGCGCUUUUCUCGCUCCCAUGGUACGAUCUGGGACUCUACCCAGUAGGCUUCUUGCUCUGAAGUAUGGUGCCGACCUUGUGUGGGGUCCAGAGGUUGUUGAUAGAGCAAUAAUUGGCUGUGAGCGUGUAAUUGAUGGAGACUGGGUAAUAUCGUACGAAAAGAACGGUCGUUUAAUAUGGUCCACCCAUCCCAUAGAAAAACCAUAUUUGGUGUAUCAAAUCGGCUCAGCGAACCCACAAUUUGCAGUACAGGCGGCCCUGACAGUCAUUCACGAUGUUUCAGCCGUUGACCUCAACUGCGGCUGUCCAAAACCGUUUUCUACGCACGCUGGCAUGGGAGCCAAUCUACUUUAUACACCAGACCUUUUAUGCGAAAUCCUCAGUUCUCUCCGAUCUGCUAUCCCUUCCUACAUUCCAGUCACCGCGAAAAUUCGCCUUCUUCCUGAUGCCAAUGAUACCUUGAAACUCGUCGAGAGGAUCGUCAAAACCGGGAUUAGCGCUCUUACUGUUCACUGUAGGACGAAGGACAUGCGUAAAACGGAGGAGGCGCAUGUGCACCGGCUGGGUGCCAUAGUUGAUUUUGUCAAUCAGUUAGGGGAAGGGAUUCCAGUGAUCGAAAAUGGUGAUUGCACCAGCCGGGAAGAUGGCUCGAGGAUUAAAGAGCGUACAGGUAGAGUGGAGUGGGCUGUAGUGUUCAUUUGGUCUCACAUUUCUCUAGGCGUGGAUUCCGUGAUGAUAGCUACAGCAGCGGAACGGAAUCUGUCCUGCUUUGCGAAUGGCCCUCUAUUGGAUGCAGAAACUGUCCUUUCCCCGACAUAUCUUUCCCUGGCAAGGUAUUUAAAGAACCCCUGGGGCAACUCCAAACAUUGUGUAUCUCAAUUUACUUCGCCCAGCCCCGUUAAUGGUCGGGCGGGACUUAAAGCGUUUAAGGAUAAAUUAGGGAAAGCAAAGGGCUACCUAGACUUUGAUGAAGAGAUCGGUGGCACACCAGAUGGAAAAGUUAUCAUGGAUGAGAUCAAAGAUAUCUUAAGAAGGCGCACAGCAACAGCGCUUGAGGCACUGGAGCCUUGCGAACCCGCCUUCACCGAAGCUUCUGCACGAAUAGCAUCGGUUUUCGUAACACCGCCUCAAUCUCCGGUCACCGCUGCUGUACAAUCCACAGCCUGA